AUGAAAGCAAAUGAUGAUCUUAUAUUAAUUUAGAAAUCUACAUCAGAAGAAGAUUGUUUAUUUUGUUAGAAAUAUGGAAGAUUACCAAUCAUUAAGAUUAAUUUCGCUCCGCUUUUGAAUAGAGUAAAUAAAAUAGUAAAAUCAUUUACAGGCACUUUAUACAAAAUAUUCAUCAUCCCAAUGGCGAGGUAAAAAAUUUGAGGAUUUCUUUUCCACUAAGCCUAUAUAAUGGAUUAUAUAAUAUAAAGACAAAUUGGCAUAUGGCGAUCAAGAUGAAUUUUUGAAGAGGUAUUUUUUUAUGAAACUUUCAUUCUUAUAGAUAUUAUCCAUAUAGAGAUCAAUCAGGUAAGUUUGAUCAACUCUUAGAAUAUUACAAAUAUCACAAGGAUAUUCCUAGAAUGUUUUAGCCAAAGCUCUCAGAUUUAGCAAUCUACUUUUAUGAAAAAAAGAAGUACUUCUACAUCUAAUUUUAGACAACUGGAGUAUAGGAAAAUUAAAUUAAUGCUUGGUAUUCCAAUUGAAGAGGAUAGCAACUGCACUGGUAUUCAUUCAUAAGAUCCAUAGAAUAUGAGAAAUUAUAAGAAGAUAUUAAGGUGCUCAACAGUAUUACAUUACAGACCCAAGUAUCCAGUCUUUCCUUAUUAAGGGAUAUGUUGAAAUCAAAGGGAAACGAAGAUAUUGUGGUAUUUGAUCCUCCAAUUAUUAGAACAUUGAUGCCACUUGGAUAACUAUGGUAAAUAAUCAACAAAUUAAGACUUCAUAAUAGCCCUCUAAUCUAAAAUUACUCAAAUAAUUGAUAUCCAAAAAUACUUAAUUUUACAAGGAUAAAUUGCAUACAAAUGAUCCCGGAUUUAGUAAAAGAACUGUGUAGAAUUCCCCUUCUUAAAAAUUACAUUUCAAAACACUCUCAAAAGACACUUCUUAAAAGUCAUUGCUAUCCUCUAACAAACAAAUAAAUAAUAGCAAUGGAGAUGGUGAAUUUAAGAAAUUCUUGAAAUAGCAAAUGAUUGCAAUCAAUCAUUCCAAUCCUUGCCAUCAUCAUAAUGUGAAAUAAUAAGCCAAACCUAUAUUUAUAUCUAAUUAUCAAUCACAACAAAAUAGUAUUCAUCAGAUAAUGAGCACACGAAGCAUCUCUUCUGAAUAGUUAAAAUUAAUUUAAUCCCAAUAAAUCCUUAAACCUAAUCGCUCUAAUAAUAUAAACUAGUAAUCUAAACACAAGAAAAGUUAAACGCAAACUCAUUAUACUGAAAUCAAUUCUCCAAAUAAAUACGCUAAAUAGGCUUCAAAUAACAUUCAAAAUAAUAUAGGAAUAGACUUUAAACAACCUUUGAGUCAUACAAAAUCCACAGAUAAAUUGUUUAAAGCUUAUACUUCGUAGUCAUCAAUUCCUUUGUCAGCAAACAUCAAUAUUAACAUUAAUUAGUUAAACAUGAAUAAUCUCAAUAUCAAAUCUUCAUUUUAACAAUAUAAAGCUAUGCUCGAAAGUCCAAAAGUUAAUCCCAAAAAAAAAACUUAAUCCAACGUUGAAACCUUAAGAAUCAACAACAGCGGCACCUCAAAAAGUAAAACUUCUUUAAAAAAAACAUAGCUCUCAGUUUAAUAAUUAUUUGCUUAAAAAAUCAUAUCUAAGAGUAAGAUUUCUUAAAAAUGA